CAGAAACUAACCAGCCCCCAGCUGUGCAAAGGCAGUGCUGCUCUGGCUUUGCGUCAGCUCACACCUGCACACUGAACCUCAGAGGAACAAGUAAGAGGAGGACCUCAGAACUUCAAACUGUAUAAGAGGACUUGAGAGAGAGUGUGGAGAGCACACACACACACACACACACACACACACAGGCACACACACAGAGGAAUACAGUGUCUACCGACUGAGGAUAAAGGACAGGACAGCUGAAGAAACACAGCAUUACACCCAGAACAACUGAAAGGGUACAAUGAUCCCACAGAGCCAGCAUCAGCGUGUUGUGAGUUUGUGAUCAGCAGCCAGUGGAAUCCAGCGUGAGAUGGGAAGUCGUCCCACUAAAGCAAGGCGCAGCUCUUCCUUGCAGUCCAGCUCAACCAACCAGCAGACAGCCUCCACUCCACAGCAGAACAACAUGACCCUGCCCUGCACCACAGCUGUUAAGAAGUAUGUGGCGGUGGCUCUUUACACUUACCCUUCUGGAGGACCGGCAGAGGCUACGGUUCGAGUAGGAGAGAGGCUCAAUGUUCUUUCAGAGGAAGGCGACUGGUGGAAAGUGUCCUCUUCAGCAACAGGCAAAGAAGGCUACAUACCGAGCAACUACGCAGCCAAAGUGUAUCAGAGGUGGCUCUAUGAAGGAAUCAGCCGUGACAAGGCAGAGGAGUUGCUGCUCCUACCUUACAACCGGGCCGGGUCUUUUCUGAUCCGGGACAGCCAAACCCGCAGAGAUUCGUAUUCGUUGUCGGUGAGGAGGUCCAACAGUUCCGCGUGGGAGUCCAUCAAACACUAUCGUAUCAACCGGCUGGGGAACGGCUGGUUCUACAUCUCCGCCCGCCUCACCUUCCCCUCCCUGCAGCACAUGGUCGACUAUUACACAGAAUCAGGAGAGGGUCUGUGCUGCACUCUGAAUGAACCAUGCUACAUCCAGGGCUCCAAUAACGUCCCCGUUCAGAACAUACCGGAGCCCAUAACCGUGAGGAAGCCCACCCUCAACUGGAAGGAUGUGGACAGCUCCAUGUUGUUCGGUACAGACAAAGAAGGCACAGAGGACUCCCUGGUGAGCGAGGGUCUGCGUGAAGCCAUUAACUCUUACCUGUACAUGACGGAGGAGAGGGGAUCUGACCAGGGGGGCUGCAGCAACAGCUGGAAGACAUGCUGAGCAAUGACAGGGUGCAAAAAAAAAAAAAGGAACAUAAUAACUGAUAAUUUUGCAUGGCUCACACUGCGCCCAGUGACCAAAUUAAGUAACUGUGGUUCCUUAGAUGAAGGAACUUUCAAGAUGAAGCUGAAUGUCAUCCCGGAUCUCCAAGACCAACAGACAAGUAGAGUGAAGCUUUGAACGAGAAGAUUACAGACUGCAGAAAAACUAGAUACUAUUCGUUCUCAUUGCUAGCACUAUUAUUGUCCAGCAAGCCAAAAGCCUCCUUGAGAGACCUGACAAGGGCUCUGGGAUCCUUCCCCCCUCUCCUCUAUAAUGAGGCAUGGUCUGGAGGGUCUUUGACAUUCACAAGGCAGGAGAGAGCCCCAUUCUAUGGACACCCACACACGUCUUCAUGCUUUUCUUGGACAGUUGGCUUAUGGUUCAGUUUACCCCAGAGCAAGCCUAUUUCACGUAAUCGAUCUGUAUAGUGAUUACAUGCUUGUUAAACAUAAUGUGAUCCAGGAGGUAUGCAGCCCUUAAAAUAAAAUAAAAAAUCGCAAUCAGUGGCUUUUAUCUGUUUAACAAAAGGUUGCAUUAAAAGGGAGUCAUAUAUGGCAUAAUAUCCUCUCAGCUGUAGAUGUUUUUGUAAUGUGGCACAAUCUCUGGUUGAGCCCUGCUUGGCUGUUUGCUUCUUCAGAGAUGUUUCAGCCACAGGAAGCAGGUCAACUCUCACAGGAAAUGGCCGAGAUACCAUGUACUACUAAGUGGAAAGUCUGAUGUCAUUGCAAGCAUUCAGGCCUUGGCGUGACCACUGAACCCUUGGUGUGAGCAACCGAACAAAUGAAACAAGCUGCCGGAGCAGGCAUAAAAUGAAAUGCAUGCUAAUUAAGUGGCACCACAGUGUUUAGCAAUGAUUCGUAAAGGCUUAGUUACAGGCUGAUAAUAUAAACCGCAUGUAAUUCCUAUUUGUUAUUUCAUAACACUCAAUCACUUGUCAAAACAUUUCUACUAGACUGACAAGUUUUAAUCGUGAAUCUGUUUUAAAGUAAUGUAAAAGUGAAAUGACAGAAGGGGAUUAUGUUCUGUACUCAUUUAAAACCACAGCAGUGUGUUUGUUACGGGAAAGAAUUCAAUACUUUCUAUUGGGUUUUUUAUUUCAUUUUAUUUUUUAUCAUGACUUUGUUUUAUUUUUAUCAAGUGGGGCAGAUACAUUUGAAAAUUGUGACCCUUUCAUUGAAGUUUGCUGGGGUGAGGUGUAAACUUGAGAUUAUCUUGUGUACAUAUUAACUUGUAUAUAAACUAAUAAUAAAUUAUUUCUAAUAAAA